AUUUUCUCUAUCAUGGGACAUGAAAACAGUUGUUGUGUCACUAAAAGGCAAUCUCCAGAACCUAUAGACUCAGAAUCUUGCCUUAGCAACAAAAAUAAAGCUGGAGUAUCAAGAGAUCAAAAAUGAACUAAAAACAAAAGCUCCGCUCAAGAAAUCAAAAAAACUAAAAGUGUGGGCAACUCAAAACUAAACCAGUCUCAUUAUAAUGCACAGCAUCAUUUGAAAAGAAAGAAAUUUGGGCAUUUCAACUCAAAGGUCUCGUCAAAAAGGAACUUGUAUGGUGCAAGCAAGAAACAGAAAUAAGUACAAUUCCGCCAUUGAGAAACAAACUUCCAAGAAAGAUAUGCUGGGCAAGAAAGUAGGAGAGAGCUCUUUCUGAACCCCUGCUAAAACUGAAAGCUCUAAGAUGAAGUCAAGUCCAAAUAACAGUUUUUACAUGACUUGUAAGACCCAAAAUUUUACGAGAAAAACUAGCAUAAUUAGCACAGAUAUCAUUUAUGAAGAAAUGGCAGACGAAUUUGAGAAAAUGAGAGAGAGGUACAGCUACAAGAAGUUUUCUUCUGGUGCCAAACUUCCCAAGCGUGCAUCUACAAUGUACACUAAGAUAGACGGAAAGAGAGCUGUUUGUUGCAACAAUGCAGCUGUUGAGAACUUUAAACUGAGAUAAA